AUAGUACGUAGCUACUUUUUCUUUUCUGUCAGAAAUAUUCUCCUUGUUGGGGCUCUAAUUAAACGAUACUACACAUCGCGCGAGUUUCAGAUAUUGCGAACCUGCAGAACAGGCCAUGAUAAAUAGCAAAGCCUUCACCAAAUCCACAACUUUUCUUUCCAAGCACAAGAAGAGAUUUCCUCCUUCAAUGGAAACCCAAACCCAGACCUUAAUUUCUCCAAUCUUUGGAGAGAUAACCCAUUUCAGUCAUCCACAGCACCCUCUCGUGCAAGUUAGGGUUCCAUAUCUGUUUACCUGCACCGGUUGCAAAGAGUAUGGAGCAGGGAGCAGGUACAAAUGCCAACAAUGCGAUGUUCAUCUACAUGAAUUCUGUGCCUUGGCUCCGCCUUCCCUAACCACCCACUCCCUCCACCAUCAACACCAUCUUGUUUUCUACACUAAACCAGGCGGGGGAUUUAUACGAUCACGAUGCGACAUUUGUGGGAAGACAACCAAAGGCUAUGCUUACCGUUGUAGCACCUGUAACUUCGAGAUGCAUCCCUGCUGUGCAAAGCUUUGUCGGCAAAUGGAUUUUCCGGUGCAUCCACAUACCUUGAUUCUUUUACCCACCACGACAUUAACAAGCGGAGACCCCAAUUUCAACUGCAAUGAGUGCAACAGGAAGGGGCCAGGUGGCCGGGUUUAUGGUUGCACAGUCUGCGACUACUACCUCCAUGCAGUGUGUGCUAAGAACAUGGUUAACGGGCUCUACGCCAAUGGCAUCAAAGCUCCCGAAAAGCCUAGCAGGUUAGGGGCUGCCGUUCGCCUCGCAUCCCAUGUAGUUGCAGGCUUCAUCGGAGGACUGCUUGAGGGGAUCGGAGAAGGGGUCGGAGAAGCUAUCUUUGAUAGCAUGGUUAAAAGUAAGUCUAUAGGUAGAAGCCGGCCGAAAGGCGGCUAUGGGGGCAGAGACUAAUACUCGGUAAGAUGGAUCCACAACCAUGUGUUGUGUUGGUUUCUUCUGCAAGACUACUGCAGCUCUGUACUAUAUAUUCAUGGGCUUGUUAAUUUAUGGCAUAUAUAGGUUUAUUUGCCAAGUA